AUGGCUAGCAAUCCUCCUUCCAAGAGACUUAGGGCGGCAGCAUCAACGGCCUGUUAUCAAUGUAAGGCCGCGAAGAAAAGAUGCGAAGGAGACACGCCAUGUGACUCGUGUAUCCGCCGGGGCUUAUCCUGUACACGGCCACCGGCAGAUAUACCAGAUAGCCGUAUAAGGUUAUCCUUUGAGGACCCGGAAACCACUGGCAGUGGAAAGAAGUAUAUGGUCGAUGUUCAUUCUACACUAUACGACUCGACAGCCAAACUAUUGGACCGCGAUGUCUAUUCCUGA